AUGGCGCGCCUGGGCAGAUGCAUUUCUCUCCUCGCGCUCUUCGGUAGUAGCACCGUGACGGGUGCCGCCGUGGGCGCGCAACUCCAGUCUCGUGCUUCCGAUUUCAACAACCCGGUUCUCUGGGAGGACUACCCCGACCUGGACGUCUUCCGAGUUGGCUCCACGUUCUACUACUCUUCGUCCACGUUCGCCUACUCCCCCGGUGCCCCCGUCCUCAAGUCUUACGACCUCGUGAACUGGACUCCCGUCACCCACUCGGUCUCGACCCUCAACUUCGGUUCGCAGUACAACCUCACGAGCGGCACCCCGGCCGCCUACGUCAAGGGUAUCUGGGCGUCAACCCUGCGCUACCGCGCCUCCGACGACAAGUUCUACUGGUACGGCUGCGUCGACUUCAGCAAGACGUACAUCUGGACCAGCUCCGGCGGCAAAGCGGGGGACAACGACGGCGAGGUCGACCCUUCUGCAUGGGCCUGGGAGUCCCACCCGCCCAUCAACUCGUGCUACUACGACUGUGGCCUGCUUAUCGACGACGAGGACGACAAGAUGUACAUCUCGUACGGCAACCCCCAGAUCUCGGUUGCUGAGCUCUCCUCGGAUGGGCUCAGCCAGGUCAGCAGCAAGGUCGUGUACUCACCCCCCAGCGGCACGACUAUCGAGGGCUCGCGCAUGUACAAGAUCAACGGUAACUACUACAUCGUCGUCACACGCCCGGCCAGCGCCGAGUGGGUGCUCAAGUCGACGUCGGGCCCGCUCGGCCCUUACGAGCAGCGCGUUCUGGUCGACAGCAUCGGCGGCCCCCUCUCCAGCGCUGGAUUCGCGCACCAGGGUGGCCUUGUCGACGCCCCCGAUGGCACCUGGUACUACGUCGCCUUCAUGGACGCCUACCCGGGUGGGCGCAUUCCCGUGGUGGCCCCACUGACGUGGACGGAUGAUGGCUGGCCCGAGCUGGUGAAGGACUCGCAGGGUAAAUGGGGCACCAGCUACCCGCUGCCGGUGGAGACGGACAAGACCGUGCCUGACGGCACCGAACUGGACGAGUUCCAAGGCGGGUCUCUGAGCGCCCACUGGGAGUGGAACCACAACCCGGAUGGGUCCAAGUUCUCGCUGGAUAGCGAGGGCGGGUUGGUGCUGCAAACAGCGACCGUCACGGACGAUCUGUUCGGGGCUAGGAACACACUGACGCGCCGGAUCGCCGGGCCCAAGUCGAGCGGCACGUUCCGCUUGGACCUCAGCAGCAUGGCUGACGGUGACCGUGCCGGUGCGGUGCUCUUCCGCGAUACCGCAGCGUACAUUGGCGUCGUCAAGGAAGGGGACUCGGCGCAGAUCGUUUACGUCGACGGGUUGGCACUGGACCAGAGCAACUGGGGGACGUCGUCCAAGGGCAAGACGUCGGCCACGGGUCCUCAAGUGAGCGACGCAAGCGAUGUUUGGUUCCGGAUCGAGGCGGAUAUCACACCCGCGUUUGGGACCAACACGGCCCGGACCACGUCGUUCUCGUACAGUGUGGAUGGUGGGCAGACUUUUACCGCGCUUGGCCCGGCAUUCUCGAUGAGCAACACGUGGAACUACUUCACGGGGUAUCGAUUUGGUGUCUUUAACUUUGCUACGAAGGCGCUGGGAGGAGAAGUCAAGGUCAAGAGCUUCCAGAUGCAGCAUCUGUAA